GCCAGCUCCGGUGUCAACUCAGCCACUUUGCACGUUUGUUGCACAAUCGGAUUCGGAACCUCUAUCUUUCACUUUUGUCUCCAAAAAUCUGAUCUCUACAAACUCACAUGAACUCCAUUAAAGUUCACCAAUUUGACUAACUCCCCAGAACCCAACAAGGUAAGAUCUUCUCUCUCUCUAUCUCUUUCUCUCUAGAGAACACAAAUCAAGAAAUGUACAACACUUAUGUUAGUUCAACUCUAUCACUUGGGUGUAAUGGGUCACUUUCCUUUUCAUUCAAUGACUGCUCUUACUUGAAUGAUAGAUUUGAUAGAAACCCAAUUCCAUUAUCGUCACAAUCAUGCUGUUCUUGUUGUGCAAAUUCUCAAUAUAGAUGUCCCAUAAGCCCUAGCUUUUCAUAUGGGUUGGGCCAAUCUGCUCUGAUUCAGUGGUCAGGUACUGGGAGGCUGAUUUUGGGUGGUGGAGACCGGUAUUAUCACCGGUUUCCGGUUCACGAGACGGGUUGGAGUAGUUGUUGUUGUGGGUAUGUAAGCCCUCUCAAGGUGAGGAGUGUUAGUGGUAGAAGAGGGAGGUGGGAAGAGGGAAGAUUUAAGGGUAUGGUUUCGGAGGAAAAGAGAAAGAGACAUCAUUCGCACUGUGUCGAUGAUGAUGUGGAAGUAAUUCUCAGCUUGUUGACUGAGGUAGUGGGUGAGGAGUGUUUUCUCUUUAGGGAGAGAAGUGGUAGUUCGUCUAGGAGGGUGGAAGUGGAGAAGGGAAGUAAUGGUGGUCGUACUUCUUACAGUAGUAAAAAGAAAAAUGUUGGUUCGGGUUUGUUGGAGAGUAAUUCGAAGAGCGAAGUUGCAUCUGUUAGGAUUCAAUUGAGGGAAGAGGAUUGUAGACAAAAAGAAAAUAAGGAAAAUUGUUUGAGGGGUGAGAAGCGUAGGGCGAGGAAAGAAGGAUCCAGAUCUAGUUGCUCUUCUUAUUACUCGUGUUCUUCGUUAGGAGAAUUUGAGGGUGAUGUUGAAGUUCAGGCUAGGCAAGAGGGAUAUGGAGGGGAAUUGACAAGUGGGUUUAAAAGGGAUUCAGUGAAAAGUGGAGAAGCGACAUAUGAGGGGGAAAUUGAGGAAGAUGUAAAGAGACAGGGGGUUGUUAUGCAACAAGAAAAAAUUCCCGUAGGGUUGUAUGCAGCAUCAAGUGGUGUUGAAUGUGAUUGGAGAAAAGCAACUGAGAAAAAACUUGCUGAAGAGUCGAUUGAACAAACGGAGUCUAGGGAAGAAUCGUUACAGAAGCACACAAGAUUAUCGGAAGUCCACGAAUCUGGUUAUAGAAUGGAUUUUUCUUCUCAAAAGAAAUUUGAUGAAAAGGAAGAAAAGUCAACUUUGGGUGUGAGUAUUGAUGGUGGAACAAGACAGCGAUAUAGUCAAAGAAGUGACCAAAUUGCUGGACAGUCUGAAUCAAGAGUGGAGUACAAACAUUCUACUGGAAUGCAGGAGAUCCGUAGCAGUGAUAUUGAAGCAAUUUCUAGCUCUGAUGACAAGCAUUUCAGCGGUAAGGAAGCAAACAUAAGUGCAGAAGGGUUGGUUCGGGAAACAAGACAUGAACAUGCUAAAACGGCUGGCCCUAUUAGCCGAAAAGAUGACUAUAGAAGAAAUUCCCAGCAACUCAGUGAAGUGUCAGAAAUUCAAGGAAUCAAUGUUAAAGGGACCUAUAGCUCACAGGGACAGUCUAAAUCUAGUUUGAAGAACAUAGACAACAAAUCAACAUUGAUUUUGAGUUCGGUUCAGGACAUGCAAGAGCAAGCCCAUUUAACAAGUCAAUUGGACUCCAGACAGAUGGAAUAUAGAAGAAAACAGUUGACUGAAGUAUCAGAUAUGCACGAGAUUGAUAUUGAUAACACUUCAGCUUCGUUGAGGCAGUCUGAUAGUUCAUUUGUGGAUGCCAACAGACAACAGUUCCAAACAGGUCAAAAAGCUAUUAGGAGAACAGAAUCAAGAAAAGGAUCCCAAGAUGUGAGCAGUGCAGUACUUGAUCAUUCGAGUGAUGCUCAAGUUACUAACACUCAAAGGCAGUCUGAAAAGACAAUGAGUAGUCAAGAAACAUAUUCGACAUUGAUGGUGAAAUCGACCAAGGAAACCGCAGAAAGACAUAAUCAGACCGAUGAAAGAGUCGUUCAAAUUGGAUCAAGAAAAGAGGCUCAAAGGCCCACUAAGGCAUUGAGUUUCAGUGAGGAAACUUCAAAAGAGGCCUCUAGUUCCCGAGCAUCUUUGAUAUUGAAAACUCAACCUACAGUGCAACAAAUUGGUGUGCUCCACGUGGAGCCGUCGUACAUUAUUUCUCAUGAAGAUGCACUGGGUUCUGCUGAUCGAUUACAGAAAUCCUCCAUGCACUUUGUGGGUGAGUUUGUUGAGAAGAUGACACACGAAGUCUCAAGUUCUGAAAUCCAAAAGGAAAGUAGAAUUUCCGAAACAGAGUUGGUGAAUGAAGGCCAUAAGCAUCAGGAAAAAAGCUCAAGUCAUUAUGGUUCUGGAGACUUUAAGUCUAGGGAGUCUGACUCAUGGCGCUCUUCCCGGAAUUCUGGUGUAAAAGGGCCUUCAGAUGAAAUAUGGAAUGUGACGGAUUCAUCUGUUCAGGAACCUGUUGAGACAGAGGUACCAGAAAGAAAUUCACCAGCCACCAAUACCGUUGCCAAGAGAACAGGCAGGUCCAUGUGGAAUAUCAUUGUGGAUAUAGUUCGAUUGCGAUGGGCUUCCAGUUCUGAAAGCCAUAAUUCAACUCUAAAGUUGG